CUCUUUGAUUCCAAACAUAGUUAGUGAGCAAGCUGGGAAACGCAAUGCUACGGCCACAGAUCAUUUCAUCUGGCAGACACUGGAGUCAGUGUGCAUGAAAAGACACCAUGAAAAUACAGCCAUCAAUGAAACAGUAGUGAUGUCUGUUGGACAAUUUGGGAGGCUAGUGGAUGGCCAGCUGCUGGGAUCUGUCAUUGUUUGCCUUCUUCAAAAUCACAUCAGUCAACAACCUGUUGCAAAGGCACUGGCUUAUGAAGAGCUGCAAAACAUGGCAAGUUUCAAGGGAGAAUCUCUACAGCAAAUAUACACACGGUUCAAACCAAGUAUAAUGAAG